AGUCAACUAUACUGUGUAUUGUUCGUCAUAAAAGUGUCAGUAAACCAUCAUUAAUUAGCCGAGCUGACCAGGACAGUGGCCGUUUGCACUCUUGCCAUUUGCAAAAAUGUACAGUAUAGUGUUGCAUUUUGGCGAGCGCCGUUGAAUCGGCUCACACACCCGACUAGUUGACUGGAGUGAAAACAUGGCUGCGGCCGAAUGUGCAGCAAAUUUACGGAAGUGAGGUGCCCAUGUUCUGCUGCAGAGGAGAGAGCACCAGGAUGAGGAGACUGUAGGCACCCGCCGUAGUAUGGCCGCGUCUCGUUCCUCGCGUGUCACAAGGUCAUCAGUGGGGCUCAAUGGAUUGGAUGAAAACUUUUGUGGCCGAACCCUCAGGAACCGCAGCAUCGCCCAGCCGGAGGAGACUUCAGUGUCUCUGCUACCUAGGGCUCGCUCGCCCAAGAAGAAGCAGGAAACGAAGCAGGACGCCAAGCAGGAGUCGAAGCAGGAGUCGAAGCAGGAGUCGAAGCAGGAGUCGAAGCAGGAGUCGAAGCAGGACGCCAAGCAGGACGCCAAGCAGGACUCGAAGCCAGACUCGAAGCAGGACGCCAAGCAGGACGCGAAACAGGAGUCAAAGCAGGAGGUCAAGCAAGAGUCAAAGCAAGAUGUUAAGCGGGAGUCAAAGCACGAUGCUCAACAUGAUACAAUACAGCAUGCGAUGCAGGGCACUCAACAGGAUGAUCAGCGACAGAGUUUGUUGCAGGGAAAGGUAACUGACUCAAAUGUUUUUCCAGCUGAGCCGGAGCAAUGGACCAGCUCCAGGAAGCGGGGCGUGUCCUGUUUAGAAAAAGACAUCAGCCCCGAGAAGUCUGAGAACUGUGAUAGAGGGAAAGGGGCGCGGGAUGCCUCUCCUCAAGUCAAAAGGACCAAGCGGUGCUCCCGCUCUGGAGAGUCUCAGGGACAUGAGGAGGACCUUGAGCCUUUUAAACCUAGAAGUCCAGUCUCUGUCCCAGAGCCUAGCGGGGACAACAGUUGUGAAGAAUUUCCCAACCAGAACUCUGCUAACAUAGCUCCUGCCUCACCUGUCAUCAGUAAAGAGGAAGGUGAGCCGAGGGGGGUGAAGGCAGAGGAUGGUCAUAUGGCGUGUGAUGGGGCAUCUCAGCCCUCAAAUGCUCACUUGACCUCUAAUGGACUCAGAAAGAAUAAGGCAGAGGAACCUAGCACCCUCAGUGAAGAGCUUAGUGUAAAUCCCACCUCUGCCACCAACUGCCCGUCGCUGCUAAACGGUAGCCAGACAGGGGAUCCCUCAUCCCCUGACCCUCCUGUGCCUUGUAGAAACUCUGUCACUGGGCAGAUGGAGGGCUCUGGCUCAGGGGAAUCACCUGCCUCAUCUGCACCAGCACCAGCACUUGAGGCUGCUCCAGAGGAUCCUGUCCCUGAGUUGAUAGUUGCCAAGGAGCAGGGGGUGGAGGAGAUGGAGGUUGAUGUGGUGGGGGGCCCCUUGUGUCUGGCCCAUGAAGAACAGGUGACCGAGAGCGAAAGUGAUACCAACGGCCAUCCGCUAACACCAGUGCAGGAAGCCGUUGCCUCCACCUCCUCCACCACACCCAGUAGUCUAAUCAACAGCAGUAACUCAGGAGAAACUACACCCCCACUAGUAACAACCCCAUCCCCCACAGAGCCAGGGUGCAAUCCCUCAAUAUCCAGCACGCCCCCCUCUUUCACAGAGCUCUACGAACACAGAUACACCCUACGGACUUCACCCAGGAGGGCUCCGACUGGUAGCAAAGCCUCCUCCUCCAAACCCAGCUCUCCUCCUAGAGACAAUGGUCCCUUAAGGGAAGAGGGGGAGGUGAUGGUUGGGCUGGAGGAAGACUGCCCCAUGGUGGAAGAACCUGCCCCCUCAGACUCUGUUGGCCCCUCCAAUGAGGAUCCGGUUUUUGUGGAUCCUGGAGACAGUGCAGGUGGUGAGGUCAGUGGGCUGGUGGAUGGCAAAGAGGCUGAGAGCAGAGAGGCGCUUGCACAGUGCCAGGCUGCUGAGGAGGAGGAGGAGGAAGAUGAAGAGGAGGAGCCAGACGUGUAUUACUUUGAGUCCGACCACCUGGCUCUUAAACACAACAAAGAGUAUGUUUAUCAGAGGCUGCUGCAGACCAUCGGAGUUCUCGAGGCCCAGCGCACACAGGCCAUUCUAGACCUGGAGACGUUGGCACGUCACCAGAGAGAGGCACUCACCAAUCCCAUCAGCUUUGUGGAGCAGCUGCAGAAACGGGUGAAUUUGGAUUUGCCGUGCCCCCAGAGAGUUGUCCAGCUCCCUGACAUUGCAUGGGACCAGUACACCUCAGGCCUUGGUGACUUUGAGAGGGAGUACUGCGACAAAAAACGCAAAACCAGGCAUUUAAAGCUGAUCUUUGACAAAGGUUUGCCCGUUCGACCAAAAAGUCCUUUAGAGCCCAAGAAAGAGGGUGAAUCUUCCACCAUGUACUCCUCUCUGCCCACUAGUGAUGCCCCUGAGAAUGGCAGGCAAACACAGAUGAUCAGGGGGAGGAUUUGUCACCCCAACAAGCCUGACACAUUUAACCAGCUGUGGACUGUGGAGGAACAGAAAAAACUAGAGCAGCUUCUUGUCAAAUUCCCUCCUGAGGAAGUCGAGUCCAGAAGAUGGCAGAAGAUUGCUGAUGAGCUGGGCAAUCGGACAGCAAAACAGGUUGCCAGUAGGGUUCAAAAGUACUUCAUCAAACUGACAAAAGCUGGUAUCCCUGUGCCUGGAAGAACACCCAACCUGUGCAUGUACACUAAAAAGUCAUCCAAUAAGAGGCAGCACCACCUUAACAAGCACCUCUACCGACCAUCCACCUUCCUGACCUCCUAUGAGCCUCCAGUCUACAUGGAAGAAGAUGACGAGCGCUCGACGUAUUACGGCAGCGUGCAGGAACCCUCUGCUGAUGACUCGGAUGACGAGAGCGUACCUAUGGAGCUAAGAAAUUUGCCAGAAUACAAAGAGCUUCUCGAGCUGAAGCGACUUAAAAAACAGAAGCUCCAGGAGAUCCAGGAGGAUAACGCCAGGGUGCGGCACAUUGGCUAUAAGUGUGACGUCUGUGGCAUGGAGCCCAUCCAGGGAGUGCGGUGGCAUUGUCAGGACUGUCCACCUGGAGACUCAGUGGACUUCUGCUCCAACUGCUCUGACUGCUUGUUCAAGACAGAGACUCACAAGCCUAACCACCACCUGGAACCAGUGUACCAGCCAGAAACCUUUCUGGACAGAGACUACUGCCUGCCACAGAACACAGGCUACAACUACCUGGACCCUAACUACUUCCCAGCCAACAGAUGACAGGGUCCCAGGCACCCCUAGCUCCAGGCUCUCUCCACAUAUCCCACAGGCCACUCGGUGCAUGGCUCCAUCCUCCAAGUCCAAGAUAACCGCUUAACCCGCCGCCAGGCAGGAAGGCAGGCAGGCAGGCAGGCAGGCAGGCAGGGGCCCCAGAGCAGACCACAGUGCUGCUGGUGGGGGGGUUGUUGGUAAACUGGUCUCCCUGACUCGAGCAAAGGGCAGCCAUGUUGGUUCCUCAGAACAUGGGGGCCCCGCUCCACCUCAGCCAGGUUAAUCAAUGGAUCUGUGAUUUGAAACAAUACACUAUUUUUAAAAGCAAACAAACAAAAAAACAGAAGGCACACGACAUUCCCAAACUCUGUGUCACCAGGAGGGCUGUUCCCGUUUCCCUUGUACCCCUCAUUGCCCUCCAGUUACCUCCCUGUGCUGCUUCAAAACUGGAGAAUUGACGGUCAUUUUUGUAAGGCGCCACUUAAUGGAAAUGUGUGGUCAACCAGUCUGUCAUAAUGGACUGUGAAGCCAUCGACUGAAAUACACUCGGUGGUUUAUGUGUGUAUGUGAUCUCCGUGUUAUGCAAGAUUGAAAAAUGUUUUAGCUAGGUAUCUGUAGAUUGAGUAUUUAUGAGUUGCAGUGUCCUCAGCGGGAGUUGGGACUACUGCUAGACACUGAGUCGAGGCCGGUGCGGUUUUGUCUGCAGACACACCUGUAUGUGUUAAACGGAUUGUACACCAUGCUUCAACAUGGAGCAGUCACUACCACUGUCACACAACGCUGCUCUCUACCCACUCACACACAGAUACUUUCAUCUCUGUAUCCUUUCCCUUUGCUCUCUCAACUAAAACAAGGAAGCACUACAGAAUAGAGAGCAGAUGUUUUUGAAGGCAGGGGAAAGGGAGCGUAUGGAAAUAUACACAAGACUGUGUUUUUGUUUUCUCCUUCCCUCAAUGUGUGCUGUUAUUGAUCAUGUUGAGUGUACAAGUAUAUGGUGAAACGUAGCCAGCGCUAGUUGCUGUGUGCCAUUAACAAAAAGGUGUUGUGGGGAAUUCCACCUUUGAAUUUGGCCACAAUUUCCCACUUAUCCUGCGUGGCGCCAUUGACCCACAUUGUCCUCCAUUACUCAUCCAGUCAUCCUGCCUAUAGAUCUUUUAAUUUUGCAGUCCACUUUAAAAAGUCAAUUUAAAAGAUUGUAUUUUUAUUAACUAUUUAAAGAAAAAAAUCGAGGUAGUGGUUGGUGCCUCCCCCAUGGAACAACCCACACAAUUUUAUACUCAUAGAUUUUGUUGUGCUUGAGUAGACACCAUUUUGUAUGUUUCC